AUGACGUGUAUAUGCGCAUGUGUAAAGAGAAGAACAACCCGGAUGACUCUUCUUCUUUAGAGGGAGAGAAUAGGAAGAAUACAAUCCAGUAAAUUGUCCGUACCAUUUCAGACUUUUUUAGACGACGGAGUUGAUAGGUGUGUUUCAAGAUGGGUGGUCAAAUUGCAAAACUACUUACUAGCCUAUUUGGCAAAAAAGAAAUGAGAAUAUUGAUGGUAGGAUUGGAUGCAGCUGGUAAAACUACAAUUUUGUACAAGCUUAAACUUGGAGAAAUUGUUACAACAAUUCCAACAAUUGGCUUUAAUGUGGAAACAGUAGAAUAUAAAAACAUCAGCUUUACAGUAUGGGAUGUCGGAGGUCAAGAUAAAAUACGACCUCUGUGGAGACAUUAUUUUCAAAAUACACAAGGUUUAAUCUUUGUAGUUGAUAGUAACGACAGAGAACGAGCUAUCGAAGCAAAGGAUGAAUUAAAUAGAAUGCUAAAUGAGGAUGAACUUAAGGAUGCUGUACUGCUGGUAUUUGCAAACAAGCAGGAUUUGCCAAAUGCAAUGAAUGCUGCUGAACUCACAGAGAAACUAGGACUGCAUUCGCUUCGUAAUCGCACAUGGUACAUCCAGGCAACAUGUGCCACAAGUGGUGAUGGUCUCUAUGAAGGUCUUGACUGGUUGUCUUCACAGCUCAAGAACACGAAAUAGGUUUGGGCAAAAAAAGGAAUUGCAGAUUUGAUGUAAAAUGAUGCUGUCGUACAAAUAAGCUAUUGGAAAUCCUGUGUUCCUCUUCCAACUAACUCAUCUCUUAGUGUAUUACAAUACAUUUCUUCUUUAUAAAGUCAACAGUUAAAAACAAACUAAUAUAAAAAGAUUGCACGGUACAGCAUUCCUAUUAUAAAGACAUACUGGUACACAAUUUAGGUGGUCAGAGAACUAAUUUUUUUUUUUUUUUUUUUUUUUUUGUUCAUUUUAACUUAUUGGGUUUUUCAAUACCUUUGUUAUUACUAUAGCAUUAAAUCUUGUCAAAUAUACAGAUCAAAAAAAAAAAGUUCACAAAAAAUAUAGAAAUACAAACUGACAAAUUGUUUUCAAGAUGUAAUCCGUUUUUCUAAAGCAAAGGUGGGCAAAGUGCGGCCCAACAGUGGUUUUUCUGCGGCCCUCAAAAACAAAUUAUAAAUCCUAUGUGUGCAGCCCGCCAACCAUUUUUAGCUAAGAAACGCCUAGUUUUUUUAAGGCCCGACACCAACCAUCUGUAAAAAGUAAUAUUAAAGCUGAGAACAAGUUGGUAUAAAAGCAAUACAUGCAGGUUUUUGGAACCACACUGGAACCAUCAAAAUUUGGAUGCGGCUGUCAGUGUUGAAUAAAAAAUUCACUUUGGCCCUCUCCCAACGGUGUUCAUGCAAACCCUUGGUUUAAAGUUCUGUGCACUACCAAAUUUUCUUUGACAAACACUUGUUUGUUGUAUGCCUACAUAGUCAUAAUGUGCCCAUAUAUGGUCAUAAUGUGCCCAUAUAUGGUCAUGAUGUGCCCAUAUAUGUUCAUGGUGUGAUGUCAUGAACAUAUUUAGGCACAUCACAUGUUUUUGUCAAAUAAAAUUUGAUAGUGUAAACAGGACUUCAAACAACUGAUUAAAUCAUUGCUACUGUUGAGAAAGCUUUCAUUGGGGAACUAGGAACUUUUACAGAUGGGGGGAGUCUAUUUUAUCUCAGCCCCACCGACUGAAGAAAAUUUAUGCUUACAGCACCUAAAGACGGCCUGGAAAUGGUACUCUCAGACUUAAAUUUGAGUAUAAAAUUUCUUUUUUUCUCCCGUUUAUUUUGUAAUUUUGAUAAAUUGUGGGGACCUGGGCAGGCUACCCCCACCCCUUGAAUCCACCACUGGAAAUGAAUACCAUAAAACGUUAAAUAAGGGUCAUUCCGAAUCAUAUCAAUCAUUGUGACCCUUCCCCCCCCCCCCUUAUAUUUAAAAAAAAAAUAAAGAUACCGCUUUCCGAAAUAUCGAAAAUCUAUUUUCACACAAUGCUUCGGCAGAUUUUGGGGGAAUCUAACAUUGUAAUAAAAUAUGCUACCCAAAUUUGAGUGGUAUUUUUUGAAAGAGGAGCCAACUACCAGUCUAUGUAGCAAUUUACAACUUUGUUAUCUUCGUUAAUAUACUGUAGUAGAUAAUAUAGCUUUGUAAAAACUGUACAAAGUCAAAGGAGCCAUUACCACCAACAAAAUCCAAGGGGGGGGGGGUUCACAAGGGAACUUUCACAUUUCUGGCCGAUUUGAGCCGGAAUGACUCAAAGGCACAGAAUUCAUUUGUGUUUUUAUUGGUAGCAAAGUACUGAUGAAAAAAGAAAUGUUUUUUUGGAAUUUAAAUGUAUGAAGUAUGUUUUAUCAUUACAUUCAUUUAGUUCAAAGCUUCUGAUAGAAUUUUUUACUUCUGUAUGAUCUGUAGAAAAUGUUAUGACUUAUGGAAAUUAAUGUUUCAAAGUUGGACAUAAACGACGAAUUGCAUUUAAUUCAAAUUACUUAUUUAUUGUUUACUUUUUCUUUAAUUAUAUUUUUAAUAUUUACUCUUGACAUUAUUUUAAAAUAAUAAUUUGUUAAUAUGGAUUCUGAUUAAAAGGUGAAGUAUAGGAAAUAGUUGAGAAUAUCAUGUACAAUGUCAAAUCCAGGAAUUCAAAAUAGAGGGGGCCCAGGGAGCGACUUUCACAGAUGGAGAGUUUAGACCACCUCAGCCCCACCUUGAUUUGGGUUGUGGUAAGAAAAUUUAUGGAUUAUGGCACAGAAAUGUCAACCUCAGACUUGGAGUUGAUUAAUAUUUUUCCUUUUAUCUCCAUUUUUUUAUUUUUUAUAAUUUUGAAAAAUUAGGUGGCCCACUUUAAUCUGCCACUGAAUGUAUAUAAUGAUGCCUAUUAUAAAGCAACUUUAUAGGAUUUUCAAGGUCCUCACUGGUUUUCCUUGAUGAUGGUUAAUGGUGAAUUGAUAUUAAACUCUGUUUACAUACAUUUUAUGUGACAAAUAAUUGUGCCCAUCCAUAUAUGUACAUCGUCUUGCCCAUGGAAACAUUACAUACAUUUUGAUAGAGUGGACAGAACUUAUGAUGUGAUUAUUAUGUCUAAAAAUUACUCGACUGUGUGUUUGAAAAAAUACAGUGGUACAUUUUGGUUAGAAAAAACACUAAUUUAAUCCUGUCUUGAUAACUAUUUUUGUUUUUUUGUUAUUUUAUUUUUUUAAUUUUAGAUCUAUAAUACUUAAUAAAUACACUCAUUGGUUUGUAACAGUAGCCGUUGUUAAUUAAGUUAUUUUUUUAGGGAAUUUUUUUUAUACAUAUAAAUUUCAGAUCCAUGUGAAUAAUUUAUGCUUCAAUACUCAAUUUUUUAUUAGUAAAUAGCUGUGAAUUGUACGAUUGGUUAUUGUAUUGAAAUAAGUAAAGAAUUGACAAUCUAAGAACAUAAGUACAUUUGUGGAGUAUCUAGGGAGUGUGCGGGGAUCACUUCCUUCCCACCCCCACUUCCCAACCCCCCCUUCCCAACCCCCCCCCCAAAAAAAAAAGAUGUUUGAACCCAAAAAAAUCAUUCUCAAUCAACUUAUAAUACCUUAUUUUGCGAGCUUGCUUCCCCUCACUUAAUCAUUGAGCCCCCACUUCACCUUGUUCUCCCCUCUCCGCUUCCAUUUUAUUACUCUAGAUAUGCCACAUCCUGUAUGGUAGAGGAGCCUUUAAAAAACUAGCUUAACUAGAUUUUAUUGUGCUGUUCAUUAAGUUUUAUUGUUGUAAAGUAUCUAUGAAUGUGAUAAUUUUUUUCCUGUCUUUUUUGUAUGAUAAAUUAAUGUAUGGUAAAAAUAGUGGACUUUACAUGCUAAUGGUGUUUCCUCCUACAUGUUGAGUAAAUACUCUAUAGAAAAAAAACUACAAAAAAACACUGG